AUGCGGUACAAGACAAGGAAUGCGCUCUACUUGCGCAUCUCGAUCAAUGCUGUCCUCCCCAUGACACUCUUGAUCGACUAUCGACACCUCGAAUGGAUGUCCGACGAGAUCCUGUCCAGAGUCCUCUUCAAUCUCAAAGAUAGGAUCCAGAUCAAGCUCGAUCAGGACAAGGCUCAAGGGAAGACGAAAGGAAAACACUUUGAUAUCUAUCACGGCAAUGUACGCAAAUCAGAUACGCACGAAGCGAUACCCUACACGAUGCUCUACUACUUCAGACAGACCCCUCAGAAGCACGCGGUCUUGCUCAAGGACAAGCAACUGAUCUUUGACUCACCACCCCCCGCUCCUGCGCUUUUGCCGAGCCAAGAGAUGCCACCUCCGCCAAUGCGACGCCAGUCAGACAUGCACGCGCAGUCUGACAUGGUCGAUGGCCCUGACAUCAAACCAGAAGAUGACGAGGCUGCAGCGAUGGAUGCAGUCCGAGAUGUGCCCAUCGAAGCCGACGACGAGAAGCCGGAUUCGAAACCCAAGCUCAGUGUGAGCUACACUGGCUUUUCCAUCUUUCACAAGACGCUCGUCGUCAUCGUCCAGCCUACAAACGGCUACAUUGCUCCCGAGAAACCGGUCAAGACGGAGGAUCGGCAACUGACCGAAGAGCCUGAUCUCGCUCGUUCGAGAUCCCUGUCUGCUUUCGAUCGCUCGCGGUCGAUCUCAGGCACGCCCGCACCGCCUUCGAAUGCAUUUCCGCUCUUUCGGUCUGUCACGCCGGGUGGUUCGGACAGCGAAAGAGGGACCCCGUUCUAG